UUGGCAACCAGAACACGUUUUUGGAUCUAGUGUUUUCUGUGAUCGAUUGUGAGGCGGUUGCUCGGGAAAAAUGGAAGCUCUGAUCAGGAAGAGCGACGUUGGGAUAUCCAACACCAAACGUCAGUAUGAUCAUCGGGACAAGGAGAAAUACCUGGCUUACUUAGAACAAAGUCGUAAGACCGAGGGGUAUGAGGUUACGAUCUCACCUAGAGGGGGCGUAUAUGAUGGAGUUCUCCCAAUGGACAUGACCAACGAGCGUAGGUAUCAGGACUACGACAUGUGUGCUCAACUUGCUAUCGACAAAUACAGCUCUACCUUUAAGGAACAACUUGGUCUUGAGUUUGUCAAGGUUUUGUUUGUAACGGGUCGGAUUUCCUGCUUUAUGACCUUCUACAUAACCUUUGAGGCCAAGGAUCUUGCUGAUGGAGGCAUGGUUAAGACCUAUCAAACAGAGGUGUUAAUGGGAUUGCGCACAGGCGUGUGGAAUGUGGGAGCUAUGAGGCUCAAACCUGGCCUGGAUGAACAAGGUUGCUAUCUUAAAGGAGGAUGGUUCUGGAAAGAGGUGUAGCACGGUUAGUAUGUUUGAUUCAUCACAUCGACGCACAACUUUAGUUGGUCCACUCGCGGUGAUGUUUUCAAUACUAGGAAGAUAAAUGGAUGAUAUCGUAGUUUGAUUCAUUGACUGUUAUACUCUGCGAUUCCGCCUACUUGAUAUAGUAACAAAAGUUUGUGGUAUGAUUGUUCUUACCAUAAAUGUCACAAGGAUCUCUAAAGAAUCUAGGUCCUCUACCACCUCUCUCUGUUAAACCCUCUGUAUGGACAACUGAAUUGGUGAAGCAGAUACUUGUUGCUGCUAAGAACCAAACUGAGAUGGGAGGACUGAACCAAUAUUCUGUGAAGAAGUAUUCAAAUAGUUCUGUGGCAAGUUCUGAGAUAUGUUCUGUGACACAUUUCCUAUAGGGAUAGAUGCUUGUGAAGACUGAUUCAUAUGAGUGGCAACGAUGUAGUCUCAGUGGUCUCACUUUCAUCAUC